CUACUAUAAACACUAUACAGCUUUCACUACACGUAUAUACACAGUCUGUCUAGACUCAACGUGUGUAAGUCAGCUGUUAUCUCGCGCUAUUACUGCAAGCCGCGUACAGAUAGCAGUACACAAUGCGCGCAAGUGUAGGUAUGUACCAGCCCGGUCAUACGCGCAAUAGACGUUUUUGGCGCUUUCGUUUUCGUAGCAGUCGUCCUGGUCGUCCAGUUGCGUCGCGUCGUUGUCUUGUGCGAAUCGUGUUGAGUCGUGCUCGUGUCUCGUGUCGAUCAGUCGGAUCAGAUGUGCAGCAAAGAUGCAGAGAUCAUCGCACGCUACAAGAAGAAGUAGAGGAUCGACUAAUAAUGCAUCGCCGAGAAACGACGCGGCCCUGCCAAGAAUAGACGCGGCCCCGCCAAGAAUAGACGCGACCCCGCCAAGAAUAGACACGGCCCCGCCAAGAAUAGACGCGGCCCCGCCGAGGAACAACGCAGCCCCGCCGAGGAUUGACGCAGCCCCGCCGAGGAACGACGCAGCCCACGCAGCCCCGCCGAGGAUUGACGCAGCCCCACCGAGGAACGACGCGGUGAAUAGACUAAUGCAAAAGAAAGUAAACGAAGCGGUUCGGCGGGCAGUAAAUAGAGAAAGAAGAAAACGUAACACGCGCGCGCGACCAGCAUACAUGUAUGCAAUGGCUCCACCAUAUCCUCCGACAGCAUUACCUACACCGACGUACGCGGUGUAUGCUCCACCAGCACACGCUCCACCAGUAUACGCUCCACCAGCGUACGCCCCACCAGCGUACGCUCCACCAGCGUACGCUACACCAGGGUACGCUCCACCAGCGUACGCUACACCAGGGUACGCUACACCAGGGUACGCGCCACCAACAACAUAUCCGGCAGCAACCACAUACCCGGCACCAGCAGCGUACGCGGCACUGGCACCGGUGUAUCCACCGCCGGGGCAUUUUUAGAAUAUAUAAAUCACUCUCUUGAACUUUUUGGCGACAAUAAUUUUUUAAAUUCUGAAUCUUUAUUAUGAUUUUAUUAUACAUAAUU